AUGGUAUGGCGUAUCGAUCGUAAAUUCAGAAUUCUACACAUCGGCUGUGGUUCCAGUCAGAUGUCAAUGCAGCUCUAUGAUAUGGGUUACAAAAAUAUCACCAAUGUAGAUUACUCGCAGGUAUUGAUUGAGAACAGUCAAAGUCUCUACCCAAACAUGAAGCGGGUAUAUGAUGACAUUCGUUCGCUGGCUACUAUCCCAUCGUGCUCGUUCGAUGUCGUUCUCGAAAAAGCCACUAUAGAGGCAUUGCUCGUUAAGGAAAAGAGUCCAUGGAGCUCGUCCGAAGAAGCCCUUGCAACUGUCGAAAGCAUUUUCAAAGCAGUAGCUCGAGUAUUGACUAGUGAUGGCGUCUUCGUAUCCAUUUCCUUUAUCCAACCAUAUUUUCGCGUACCUGCUCUUCUCCGAGUACGGGAUUGGUCUGUAACAGUAAAGGAUUUCGGAGAGUUCUUCCAAUACUUUAUCUACGUAAUGCAACGAGGCAAAGGGGCUCCAAGAGAAAUGAUAGAGCGAUACGCCCAUAUUGCACCACAAUGGAGCAGACCACUUCUAAACAAGUAG